AUGUUAAGCACUGCAGCACUUCAAAUCCACAUCGAUCUCAACACAAUGAAUAUUUUGCCAGUAGAGCCCACUUCAUGUCCCUAUUAUGAUGGCCAAGAAUUCUUCACAAAAGCCAUUGCUGCCUGCAAUGAAAUUGUGGGACUAAAGUACUAUUCGAAUGCUUCUGCAUUAUCUAUGUUGGUUCCAAUGCCAUAUUG